GUUGAGUAGUUCUAACGGUUUCAAGAGUCUGAAUAAGAUGUGAUUACUGACACGGAAGUCUAUCCAUCUAAUUCUCCUAAUCUUCUUGAUACGUUCGUGUCAGAUGUUCUACUUGAUACUAUUAAUUGCUAUACUCUAACCCUUCCAAACUCAAACUCUCCAAAUUCUAACUUGUACCUUAACUAUUCCUCGAUUCCGCAUGGCCCCACGUUUAUCAAAAGCAAGCUGCAAGCAAGACACAAGAACCAUGACCCAUUGAGCAAUUAUCAUCCAAAAUCACACCAAGCCCUUCAAGAACAACGACUAAAUUUCGAGACUUCCUGCUAUUUGUUCCAUCCAAAUAGUCUAUCAUCGAAAAAUUCAGAAUAUCAGGAUAAACUUUCUUGGCUUCAAACAUAUACACAUAUCUAUACUGAAAAGAGACAACAUCUCUGCGGGAAAUUCCCAUCCAAUACCAGCACCAUUCAUCUAAAUUCAGAACCGGCCCCCGAGUCUCCGGAGCAUUAAUCGAAGGUUCUAUCAAUCACAAAAAUACCCAGCCCUGUGUGUACGACGAGUAUGAGAAGGGAAUUCAAGGAACCCCAUACUAAUUGACAUAUCCUUCACCGUCUCACCCAAAUCAUCUCACUCACAUUAACGCCAAUUCCAUCCACUUCUGCGAACAACCCUUUUACAAUCUUUUCGCUACUUCAAUCUUCGAAAAUCUUAUCACUUCCUUACUUACAUGUUCCUCUUACUAGAAAUAACCAAUUCGAAUUCUCACAAACUUAAACCCUACUUAUAUACGAAUAUCAUCCGUCACAUUGAACUAUCAAUCUCCAGACCUUCCGAAUAAUCUCCGCUAUUAUUGCACAUUGUAUUGCUCAAAAGCUUCCAGAUCAUCAUUGAAACGAGGGAUAACUAAAAGGAGAAGAGAGAAAGUACCUCGCGACCAUAACCCACAGUCCGACCUUUCCCAAAACCUCCGAAAUAGAAUACUCGACUUCGAGUCCAAUUCCUCUCGUUAUUGUCAUGCAACGGUCCAUGCGCAACAAUUAUCCAUACGAUUCGCGACGGAAUUUAAGAAUUUCCCAUUCCCAUGGAAAUAUAUGCAAUCGAAUAUCCAACCACAUCUUCCAUUGAAUUGAACACUCGAAAACACCAAAGCUGCGAAACGAAAUAGACCCUCGCUCGUCCCCUCCACGGAGGUAGACGGGCGUGGAACUCAAUUGCUCCGGUGGUCCCUCGAUUUCUAAUAUAUAUAUCAUUCAUUAUGACCAUAUAUUCCAGUCCACCACCAGCUCGAAGCUUCUACGACGAUAAACCCACACUUCUUGUUUGUUGGUGGUGUACGUUAUUCUCGGCCGUCAUUAUAUUGUUCAGAGUUUGCGGACGAUACAUUAGGACGGAGAAACUUUUUAAAGAGGAUUGGUUAGCUUUUGCUUGUUUGAUCCCAUUGUUUUGUCGCAUGGGCCUUGUUCAUGUUAUUUUGUUAUUCGGUACCAACAAUGCGGUGAUUGUGGAUUUUGACGAGAGAUCGCUGCAUAGAAGAGUGAUUGGGAGUAGAUUGGUUUUGGUAUCGAGAGUUUUUUAUGCGGCGACACUCUGGAUGCUUAAACUUACAAUUAGUGAAUUCUUCAAAAGGCUCACAAUCAAUAUCUGGACAAGGUCACACGAAAGAACUUUAAUCUUCAUCCGAUGGUUCCUCCUUGUCACAUUUAUCGCAGUAAUAAUAGCAGAUAUCUCUGAAUGUCAACCCAUCAAUCAUUAUUGGCAAGUCACACCAGAUCCAGGAGCAAAAUGUCGUCAAGGAUAUGCACAACUCCUGACUAUGGGGACCGUCAAUGUAUUGACUGAUCUUCUCCUCGUUUUAUUUCCCGUUCCUAUCAUUAUCGGUUCCAAAAUGAGGAUCAAAAGGAAAAUUCAAUUGGUGUUGUUGUUUGCAGGUUCGUUGAUUCCGGCAGGAAUCACACUUUACAGAAUACCGCAAAUUAUCGAUAGACAUGGUAUUCAACAAUAUCGAUCAUUACUAGCAUCAGUUGAGAUUCUCUUCGCAACAGCUGUUGCCAAUGCGCUUAUCCUAGGAUCUUUCGUCCGAGACCGAGGUGUUAAGAAACACAAAUUUAAAUUUGGUUCCUUAACUGACACACUCGAUCGGACUACUUCUCGCCGUGGAACCGUAGCUCGGCAAUGGGGAAGCGAUGAAGAUCUCGUCCGAGAUCUAGGCCUAGGAGUAGAUCCCGAACUCAGAGGGGAAGUUCAUUCACCUCCUCGUCCCGCCCCAAUGGCUGUAGCUGGGAACAUGCCGGUAAGAAGUCAUCGAUUUGGAUCAAAUAGUUCGAAUGAUUGGCGUUUUCCAAGUGAUACGAGUGAGGAAAUCGAUUUUGUUAAACCAGCCCCUUCGAGACAUGUCUCUGAAGAUUUAACAUCAAUGAUGUCACCACGCCGCGUAUCAUUUUUCGACGUCGGAGGAUUGCUCGAUCAAGAAUCUCCGAGAAGAAUUAGUUCGACGAGAACGAUGGAUUCGGAAUACACUGGUGAAUCCAGUACAGCAGGCGAAGGUCCAGUAUCCACUACUUGGUCUUACGAAAAUGGAUUAAGUCCUGCUCCAGCAAGACGCGGUUCUGCAGCCCUUCUGCAAGAUAUAGGAGGUUUAUUGGGACCCCGAACGAGACUCCAAAGAGCGAGUAUGGGAUAUGAGCUGGAAACAAUUUUGCAGGAGAGAAAUAACGGGCCUACUAGUCAUCCGUCGCUCACUCAUGCACAUUCGAUGCCCCCGCCUAUCGAUCAUUUAGGGAGACAGCAGACCAAUCUGAGUUUGCAAGAUGUUGGGGGGCUUUUGGAGAGGUAAUCUUGAGUUCAAACAUCUACCCACACAUUUAUAUACAUACUUGUCACGGAGAACAUCCGCAUUUCUUCCAUAUCAUAUUAUAUUUACUGUACCACUACUAUGUUUUCUCUUUCAGCCUUUCUCCUUUUCAAGAUUUAUACCUGAACACUAUUUUCUAUAUUUCUUUUUACUUUGUUUUACUUUGUCUUUUACCUUUACUUUAAACUUUCCUUUGUUUGGUACACAUAGCGAACAUUAUGAGAUUAUGAAAAUUGGGCGGCACAUUAGGAUCUGGAUCCGAUUUGAAUCUGGAUAUGGAGUGGAUUAGUGAUUUAAUCCGCAGGUUUGGAUUGAAUAUAAGGCGUUACGGAGUAUAACUUAUACCACAGCUGGUUGUGUUGUCAUGUUUUUGGUUUAUAAUCCUGCGUGGGGAGGUCUUUUGUUGCUGCGGAUGGAUUGUAAAUGAAAGAUGGAGAUGGCGAUAUGGACUCGGAGACGAGGGAGCUGUUUUGAAUUAACGAUUCACGGAUGUGGACGGGUUGAGUGAGAGAAUAUCAUACAUAUGCAUACCAGCGUCUUAUUCGGUUGAACAUCUUUUGGUUUUCAUCUUCGAGAGAUAAGAUGGCACGUCGUAUUAUCAUAUCAUCGAACCACACAUGAUAAGGCGGUAUGCGAGCUGAAGAGUGAAGAGAAUAGUUGAAUAAUAAUAAUGACUUCAAAUCCAACCAUCUUUGGGGAGGGGACGAGGUCACGAUAUUCGUUAAUCCCUUCGUGAUCGAAUGAACAUACCAUAUUGUUUCAUUUCCUACAAUAGCGUAGUUUUUUUAACUCCCCGAAACUUUCACUGCUGCCUUGAAGUAGGUCUGCAAAAUCUUCAUCGCUCCAAGCGACAUUCAGAUACCAUCCCCUUCAAUUCCACCAAAAACUCACACUAAAACUCGCACUCAAUCCUCUUACAUAAUGCCACCAUCCAACCGGAAUAUACAACACUUCUCCUUCUUCUAACACACAAUCCCAAUAUUUUGCACUCUUCGCCUCUGGAAAUUUCUUCCUCUCGUCCUCUUGCUCUUCGACAGUACCAUCCCAUCUCUCCAAGACCCCAAUAUCCACCUCACUCGUAUUACUCAUAUCUACCCCCCCAUCUUCUAUACCUCUCGCGUAUAAUUUUGAUGUUUCUCUAGGUGGAUAAAGACGCAAAUAUUUCUUUCCUACGACUUGCGCUAGGAUAUUAUGAUACGGAUCAGUAUGCAGCGGACUAAUUGUACCGGCUGGUCCAAACCACGCGUUUAUGAGCGGCUCUUCCAAUUCUUCCAUUUGUGCAUAUUUUUCUUUCAGCGCGGGAGAACAUGAUGAAUGAGGUUGUGGUGGAUAAACAUAACAAUAAUCCGGUAUCGUUAUAUCAUUUCGCAGAGAUGGGAUUUGGGAGAAUAGAUUGUGUUGUGCUAGAUAGCCUGUUUCUUUUGCUUCUCCGUCGUUGGUGGAGCGUAACAUGUAUUUGGUCAUGAAAUCUUUGAAUGGGACAAUCUUUUGUCCCCAUCCGGAAUCAACAUAACUUCUACCUACUUCUAUGGGGACUAAGCGUCGACCGCCAAUGGUUUUGGAUAGUAAGUAUGAGGGACUAGACCAUGGUUUCUUGUUACGUGCAGGCCAUGAAUCGAUUGAUCCAGUUAUGAUGAGAGGUUCGGCUCCGAGUGUGCAAUCCUGCGGUUGAUGCAAAUGCUUUGAGAAUUUGUCCAUGUUUCCGUCAUCGUCAUCGUUAUCGUUAUCGUUAUCGUUAUCGUUAUCGUUAUCGUUAUCGUUAUCGUUAUCGUUAUUG